CGAGUAAAUUGUAUGAACAGACAAAUCGAAGAUCAAUUAGAGACUGUACGGUACGGUACGUACGGUAUUGUACUCCGAAGUCUUUUCUUGUUCUCAAAAAAAUCCCAACUGCUAACAAACCACCCACGGCAUUUGUCUACUCUCAAUACAUUCCUCACUUAUCAAAAUCCACUGCCAGCGGUGUAAAGACGCACAACAAUCAAAUCUAAAACCAUUUAAAAUUCCUACAGAAACAAAUUCAUCACAWCAGUAAUACCAUGGAAGGCAGUGUCGAUUUGACUAUUCAGAGUAUCCAUGGCRCUGCCUGGAGACAAUGCGGCGCAAACGGCGUCGAUGACAUUGGUGCCCUGUCCGCAAUCAAAGCUCAUGUUUCUUUCUCAGGGUCCGUUCCGAAUAUGAAAGUAUCUUCAUUCGCAAUAUGUCCGGAUAAGGGAAAGCUUUUUGUKGAAUCCRACACUCACGAGAUUGUGGAAACUUCUGAGAAAGAAACMAAAAUGAACCCACAAAAAACGCGGCUGCUCAAUACCACUUUCACCGAUCCCUUCGAGGAACAGAGACUCCAUAAUUCCAUUUCUUCAAAUAMCUCAUCGUCGUCCAGCACUUCGAGCUCUUCAUACCGACCGCAUUUACACUUUGAUCUCCGCGAAGAAAAGGUUAUAGAUGCCACUGAGAUCCAGGAUCUGAUCCUUGAUCCCAAUGCAGAUCGCGUCGAYGUCGGAUCUAUGUCUACUCCACAACACGACAUGAUCAUCAAGUUGCACAUCACGUUCAGAUCGGUCGAUGGUGAUGCAAUUAGCAUUUCUUCCGAAGGUGUAGCAGAGCUGAGAAUUCGUCAGACCAAUUUUGAAAAUUUACCUUUGACUCUCGAUCUUCCAAUUACUCAACCAACAUGUGGCGACUCCUCCAACACAGUUUCCGAAAAUGUGCCAAAAAAUUGCCAAAUAUUGUUCGGGUCAUCUUCGUCUAUUCGUGUUCGUCUAGACGAUGCAUCGAAACGUCAACAAUAUCUUGCCACACAAACCACCACCUCACAGGAGUACAUUCUUUCCGAUCACGUGGAUGAGAUUCAAUUGGUAGGAAUGGUGAAAAAGAUUCACGAGUAUGAAGAAAGGGGAAAAAUCCGGGACGACGAAGCCGAACCAAARCGCUUCGGAGUCGGAAACAACGGCAAAGGGAAACGACGCUUGUGGUCGUUUGCAUGCGGUGGAACGGGAGAUGUGAAACAUUCGAUCAAAGCAUUUUUUGAUGAAAUGCGGAAUAAAACGAAAUGCGUGGAUCUUGAGUUAGCCACGAACCCCACAAUGACAUCCACCAUAAUCACCAGAGAAUCAUUAGACUUUGAGAACAUACCAAAGCACCAUUUUCGUUAGGAAUUUUUUCGAUGCUGCUGCAAUGCCCGAAAUUCCUGCGAUCCUUCACAACUCUUGUUGAUGAACCAGCUUUGGUGUGAAAGAAAUCUGGUCCGUAUCUUUCGUGCUGCAACAACUCCGYAUCUCCGWMURUUUUUGARGUACUAGAAAACAAACUGAAUAUAUCAUAAAUCUUUCC